CAACCGGUGGACCGGAAGUGGCGUCGCCCUUGCCCGGCGCCGGCGAGAAGUGGUUCCGGGUCUUCGGCCGCCGCUCGCCGGGCGAGAAGAUGACUUCGCUGCGCGCCUUCACCUGCAACGACCUCUUCCGCUUCAACAACAUGUGAGCCGGAGGCCUCGGCCCCGCGGGGCGGGCGGGGGGGGAGGGGGCGGCGCGCGGCUCGGCCUUCUCCGCCCGCUCUCUGGCCUGGAGGCCCCUCGGUCGCCUGUCCUGGACCGCGAGGGCGCGCUUCCCCCCCGCCUCCCCCCCCCGGUCCUGCUGGCGAGGGAGGGUCGGAAUUGCCGUCCGGCCAACAGCUGAGCCGGCCCGGCUCCGAGCACGUGCCGCCGCCUGAGAAAAGGGGAAACGGAAUUUUGCCUAGGAUUGCCAAGUGCUCAGCAGCGAGUCUUUAGCAGUUACCUGUACCUUUAAACAUCAAAUUGAUGAGCAGAAAUCAGACGAAGCUUGUGGCAGAUAAAGAUAAGCAUUAUCACCUGCUCAUUUCUGUAACCCAAACUGUUGCUAAAGGCACAGCUACAGGGGUUAUUUUAAAAUUUGGCAAUUUAGUUGGCACAAGGAAAUAGCUCUCCUCUAUUGAAUAUUUCCGGAUCUCUUGGAAUUAAAGGGAUGUUAGAACUUGCCUCUUGCUCUUCUUUGGUUAUACUUUAUUCCCUGACCAACCGAGUUGUAUACCCAGGGUAGAUCACAAAAUUAAUAAUUGUUCAAGAGGCAAAUUGAGGUUUCAAAAUUGGUGUGUGGGAUGGAAGAGAUUGAAAGGUUUGCCCCAUACCCAGUUGUAACUGGCUCAAAGUUUCUCCCUAGUAAUAUUUUGGGUGUUUAAUCAGUUCUUGUUUCCCACAGCAACUUGGAUCCCCUCACAGAAACUGUAUCCUUUUAAGCCUCAAGACCUCUGAAUGCUAAUGGCAGUACCUGUGAGCCUCUUCAUACAUUAUACUACAGAAAACAUAUGUUUGUCCCUGAAUAUUUUUAUCAGGGAGCCGCAGCUAUUCCUGGUGUCUUGCAAGUGUACCUGCAUGGCAGAAAUGUUUGUUAUUGCGUUCAUUCUUUAUUCUUCUAUGGGCAGUCCAUAAAAAUGCAAUAUAUGGGGCAGCCUUGAGAAGCUUGUAAUAUGGAAGUUAGUAUGGAUGCCAAACAGCAGUGUGUUGUAUUUAUUAUUUAAUUAUUAAAUUUCCAUCUCACCAUCCCUAAGGGGCCCAGGGCAGCAAACACCAAAAUAAUAUAUUAUUUUAUAAUAAUAAAAUCAUAUUUUUAAAAAUAAACAAAACUUAUUUAAAACAGUUAAAAACACUUAAAACAGUCAUAUAACCCCACAACAAAUAAUAUCUGGAUCAAGUAUCUUUUGACCAUCAAAUGCCUGAUUAAACAGGAAUGCUUUUCAGUUUCUUCUGAAAGUUAAUAAUAUCAGCUUCCUACCCUCGGAAGUAAUAUUUUGAAUGUAUCACUUUGACUGUUCAAAUUGUUUAUACAAUGUUUAUUUGUAAUCCAUACAAUAAUAUGGUAAAUGUAUGUGAUGUUAUCCCUAUAAUACAAAUGAGCUGAUGGCAAAAUUGAACAAGACACUUUCUGAUUCAUAGCCCAGUGUUCUCCUCCAAUAUUAUGUCCAAGCUAAAAUCACUUCAUGUAAGAGGUUCUGUAUUUCCUUUUUUCUAUAUAGUGUCCUAUGUCUCAAAGAUUUAAAAAAUGUCAUAGUAAUCAAUACUUAUUUAGAACUGGUACAUUUCAAGUGGUCAGAUAAUAUGUAUCUUAGUAACCCAUCCAAUAGCCUGCAAGAAGAUCAGUAUAAUUAGCCACUUCUUUGCUGUUGAUGCAGCAGGGCUGAUAAAUAGUGGUAUAGUCGAAGCUGAGGAGAGAGACGAACCAGAGAAUUAUCAGUUCUUACUCUUAAUUGCUUUUCUUUCUAAAAUGGGUCAUUCCAUAUCAAGUGAUGUCAUGUAUUUUGUUGUAAUGUUCACAAUAUGUACUAACAAGAAUUCUUUCAAAGCGUUAAUUCUAUCAUGCAAUAGCAAGCUAUCACUUGGCUUUGGAACACAUUUUUUAAAAGAAAUGCCUGACCAGCUUUUCAGAUACCUUUUAAUUGAAUAACUUUCUAAAUAAAUGCCUGAAGGAACUGAUAUUAUAACUUGACGUCUUGUUUAUUCUGUUAUAUCUUACUCCAAGAAGACCCAUUUAUCCUAAAUAGAACCCAGUAAGGCAGACAUGUAUGUACAAAUUUUUUAAUGUGAUCCCACUGAGAUCCCAAUAUGAAAUUUUGCAGGUAGCUCUUAGAAAUAUUAAAUAAUCAAUACAAAUGUUUUGGAAUUUUUUAAUCAUAUUAAUUUUAAUUUUUUUAAUCACUUUUUAAAUUUUGUUUUAUUGCUAUGGCUAGUGGCUGCUGCAAAUAAACAUUCUUCUGAUUCUGAUUUUACAUUCUUGGUUUACCUGUAUUGUAUUGUUAUUAUUUAUUUUUUACUCAGAAACAGACAGUAGUCUUAAUUAUUUUAGUAUCUUACUGUGCAAAACCAGAACUGUUUGGAAAACAGUUACUUUGGGGGUGAGCAACUUAAGGUCCCCCAGAUAUUACAGAACUACAGCUUCUAUAGUCCUUUACCCGUGACCAUGCUGUCUGGGACUGAUGGGAGUUGGAGUUCAGCAAUAGACGGCGUGCUACAGAUUGUCACCCCCCACUUGCUUACUGAGGUGAUAUUUUCUUAACAUGCAAUACUCCAUAGUAUGGAAUUCCAUUUUACUUGCAGUACUUGGCUCACUGGCCUGAGUAUUUUAUUGUUGCAGAAGCUCCUGGUGGAGAACUGAUGGGCUACAGUAAGUAGGUUAAUUUUCCUUGUUUCUGUGUGACCAAUCUUUGACUAACCCUUUAAUUAUUUGGCAGUACCACUGCAACAUUUACUCAGUUUUUAAGGGCUUUUUAUCAACCAUGAAGAUGUCCCUGAUAAAUUGGGCAGAACCUUUUGUUAAUAGUUUUAGUAUGAGCAUAUAAAAACCGCAUAUGGAAAGUAACAUCUUAAGGUAGGGGUUGGCAGCCCAUCACCUGCAGGCAUCCAGACGCCUGUAAGGAUGAACCAUAGCCCCUAGAUUCACAGUCUUCAUUUUAUUUAAAGUAACUUUCUAGUUUUUAUAAUCUCCAGUAUGAGGCAAAAGGUACACACGUUCUUUUUUUGUCCGUACCACCCUUACUGACACAUCUCCCACCUUGCACCUUCUCCCCCCUAAAACAUGCAAAAGCCCGUAUGUGAGAGAAAUGGUGCUACACACUUGGGAGCGGAGGAAAAGAUGUAUGUGUGUGUGUGUGUGUGAGAGAGAGAGAGAGAGAAGAAGAAGAAGAUUGUAUGCAUAUGUGAUCUGUGAGGGAGAGAGAGGUAUGUAUAAAUCUGUUUAUGUGUGGUCAGAGAAAGAAAUGGACUUGGGCAGAGAGAGAGAGGUGUGUGUGUGUGAAGUGUGUGUAUGAGUGUGUGAGCAAUGCAUGUGUGUCUGAUCAGUGAGUGUGUGUGUGAGAGUGUGGUGGGGCCACCUUGGAUAUUUUCCCUGGCUCAAGGGGAUGCUCUCUGUUAUUAGCUAGCAACAGCAUCAUUGUGUGUAUGGGGCAAAAGCCAAUAUUUUGUGAUCUUCAUAGUCAGGACCAGCAGGAUGUAGUGACUUUCCUUGGUAAGCCUGAAGUUGUCUGUGUGUGUGUGUGUGUGUGUUGGAAGCAGCAGUGAUGGUUCUCUCUCUAACUGAUAUGUCAUGCCUCCCAUAGCAGCUAUUUUGUGACUAGUACUUCCUCAAAAUUUGAAAUGUGCCCCCUGGUCCAAAAAGGCUGGCAGCUCCUGUCUUAAAGUAUUUCCCCUUCUCUCACACAUCCAAAAUGAAUGCUUCAUCUGAUGUGCAUUUGGCUACAGCACAUCCAUAUAUGUAUCUUCUAAACACAAAAUGUGCUUCUUGCUUUAGUAAUAGUUUUUACCAUAUGCAAAUGUAUCCCAAUUUAAUUGAUACAUAGUAUGUCAAGGAAUAAGCAACUGACUUUUAAAAGAUAUCUGAGGCAUCCCUGUUUAGGGAAGUUGUUAAUGUUUGAUGUUUUAUCAUGUUUUUAGUAUUCUGUUUGGAGCCACCCAGAGUGGCUGUGGCAACCCAGUCAGAUGGGUGACAUACAAAUAAAAUUAUUAUUAUUAUUAUUAUUAUUAUUAUUAUUAUUACUAUUACUAUUUGGAAGUGAAUACACUUGCAAUUAUAGCUUUUGUUGUUCUCCUACAGUUCCGCAUCUAUUAGUAUCUUUCUCCCUGGAGUCCUAAUCACAGACUUCACUUUGAUGUUGUCUGUAGUCAAAGAGUUGCAUACAUUUUUAGUAUUUCCUCGUAGUGAUAGGAAGGUGUCAAGAAGAGUCUGCUAGGGUACUGACCUGAAAGACUGCUCUCUACCCACUAGAAACCCUCCUCAGGGUUUUAAAGCUCAUUCACUUUAAAGCUGGUUUUAGGAGACAUAAGAGUUAGAAACAUUCUGUUUCUUUCUUGAAAUUGAAGACUCUCUGAACAUUUUGUUCAGUGCUUAAUUUGCUGUGUGUGAGACAUUCUGGAAUCUGUAUAGUCCUGAUGUUCAACUUCUAGUUUGAGUCCUUUUUAAUUGCCUGCAUCUGUAGUAAAGCAUUUUUUCUGGUUUUAUGUCAAACACCAUAAAUCCAAUAGCUAAGUUUCUGUGGGAUGGCCAUGGUCUAGUCCAAACAAACUAAUCCAUUUUAUCCUGCUUUUCCUUUAGUCAUGGGGAAAGCGGAAGGUUCAGUAGCCAGAGAAGAGUGGCACGGCCACGUUACUGCGCUCUCCGUUGCACCUGAAUUUCGGCGGCUAGGUUUGGCUGCUAAGUUGAUGGAACUGCUUGAAGAAAUAUCAGAAAGGUGAGGGAUGCCUGCAUGAUAAACAUAUAUUUUCCUCUCUUAGCGAUGUAUUGAUCUGUUUGAAUUCCUGUAGAUUUAUUGAUGAGAACAGCUGAAGGCAUCAUAAUUAUAUGGAGAAUUAUUUUGGGGACUCUAAGAAAACAACUCAAUGAGAGCUUUAUAAAGUCAGGAGUGCUUCAUAAGGAAGUUUUAUUUUAGGAGUGUUAGGGUGCUGCUCAGCUGACUGGUUAGGUUAGCCAGUGUCAAAUAGAAGGCUAAUAGCGCUUUUAUCUAAGUUAGAAUAGCCAACUCCCUUCGGCCCUUACCAGCAGUCAUGCUGGCUGAGAGUGUAAGCUGCUCCCCUCCCACUUUGCUGCUUCAAAGGGAGCCCAGGAGGAGGGAAUCCGCUGCAGCUUCCCCCACCUCCCGGAGAGCCUGCAGAAGCCGCCCGCUCUUUAAAGGGGCUGCGCGGCUUCUCCUGGCUUUCUGGGAGGUGGGAGAUUCCCCACCUCCCAAAACCGACAGAAGCCGCCAGCUCUUAAGGGGCUGCGUGGCUUCUCCUGGUACUUCUGGGAGGUAGGAGAAGGACUAUGCAGCCAGUCAGUCCUUCUCCUCCUGGGAAAGCCUGCAAGAGCGCACGAGCUUGUGUGCGGCUCUUGGGGGCUUUUCCCGCCUGCCUCCCCCUUGCAUUCGCUCCAUAGGACGCACACACAUUUUCCCUUGCUUUUUAGGAGGGAAAAAGUGCGUCCUAUAGAGCGAAAAAUACGGUAAAUAGGCAUUUUGGGAGUGAAGGGCCUUGUUGACCUAUAGGCCACAUUAACCCUUUUGUGCAAAAGUGGUUGUGGCCAAUUUUUACAAACUGAUUGGGAAGGGGGUGCUUGGGGGGGGGCAGGAAAUUUUUGGCAUCAUAGCAAGGGGCCAGUAAAAGAACAAAAAACUUUUUUUAAAGCAAAUGGAUAAAUGGGAGAGGAGCCAUAUUCAGCAUUACACAAUUACAAAGGUUACAUCUGCACAAGCAUAGAAGCUUGCUAGAGGAAAAAUCUCCCCUCUGCUCCCCCCCACGUGCUGUGCUAGGAGGGUUUUCCUGUCCCUCCCUAAACCAACUUGGGGGAGCACAGGGGGAGGAGAGCCUUGGCGCAGGGCUUCCGAUGCCAGUGUUUGCCCUUCAAAUUCAUCUGUUAUAUAGCAGUCACUAUAUCAGCACUGUUUCCCCUACUUUAAGCUAUGUGUUGCAUCAAACUGAAUUUCCUGCUUCUCUCCUCCACCAGUAAGUCCUCCAAAUCUGCUCUAAAGGAAAAGGUAAAGGGACCCCUGACCAUUUGGUCCAGUUGUGGCUGACUCUGGGCUAGCGGCGCUCAUCUCGCUUUAUUGGCCGAGGGAGCCGGCGUACAGCUUCCGGGUCAUGUGGCCAGCAGGACUAAGCCGCUUCUGGUGAACCAGAGCAGCGCACGGAAACGCCGUUUACCUUCCCGCCAGAGCGGUACCUAUUUAUCUACUUGCACUUUGACGUGCUUUCAAACUGCUAGGUGGGCAGGAGCAGGGACCGAACAAUGAGAGCUCACUGUCGCGGGGAUUCGAACCACCAGUCUUCUGAUCGGCAAGUCCUAGGCUCUGUGGUUUAACCCACAGCACCACCCACAUCCCAAAUCUGCUCUGGGUUCCCCCAAAUCCUCUGGAUCAGAUUUGCAGGGGGUGGGACUAUGCAAGGAGAGGAUGGGGAUGUUCACGGAAGUUGUUCCACAUGUACAAAGAUUUAAUUUGAUAUAUUCCUAGGUUUUCAAGACUUCAUUUUAUUUCCGUAUUUUAAUUGCAAUUUACUAGUGUCCCAUCGUGGUACAACACUGGCUGCAUUUGGAAGCAGUUAUAAGCUAUGGUUGUUAUUACAGAAAUGAGCCUGCUUGAGACUAGACUCCUGUUUCUUCCUCCAGAGUAGCUGUGUUAGAACCUUUCUCUUCCAUUAUCAAACAAGUAGAAUUCCACAUUAUUCCUGAAUCCAGAACUCCUUGGCUCAUCUUAAUUAUGGUAUAUUGAAAUAAGCUAGCUUCAUAAAGCAAAUUCAUACAUAACUCUAAACUGAUAAAUCAGGACAGAAGAAUGAAAUAAGUACAAGGAUGAUGGUUUCCGAAGGUCAUUUAUUUAAAGGCAAACCAUAGUUUGUUACAGCCAAACGAAGUCAUGGAAUCAAACUUUGGUUUGUGCCAAUUCCAAACCAUUGUUUUAACAUCCAGACAAAUAGGCAAAGCGAGAGCUGCUUGUUGGUUUCAUUUUCCAUUUGCUCCAAAGUAUUCUAACUUGAAGGCUCAAUGGCCUCUGGAGGCUGGAGCAGCAACCUGAACAGAUUAUCAAGACAAACAUCAUACUAAAUCAGAAGUGCCCCUUAUUCUGGUUUGCCAGUUCAGACAAACUAAAUGUAAACAUGGUUUGUCAUGAGGCGUGGCCUAUUUGUCAGCUUGCCUGACAAAUUCCCACCCACCCCCAUUGUUCACUGCUUAAUUCUUAUGUUUUUUUAUGUAGAUCCCUGUGUAGCCUCUUACAAACUAUGCUGUUUUCUGUUAGUUAUUUUGUCUUAUUGUGUCAUUUUCUUUUCUUAAUGAAGAAAGGGCGGAUUUUUUGUGGAUCUCUUUGUAAGAGUAUCAAAUCAGGUUGCAGUGAACAUGUACAAACAACUGGGCUACAGCGUGUACAGAACAGUGCUAGAAUACUACUCUGCCAGCAACGGGGAGCCUGACGAAGAUGCUUAUGGUAAGUGUUGUGCAGAAAGAGACACUUUGGACAGUCCUUGUGAUGUAAUAAAUUCCCAUGCCGUUAAAAUGAAAAUGUGAAAUUGCUUGGGAUGGGCAAAGCUUUUUGCCCAAAGUGGGUGGAACAGGAGAUGUGACUGUGAGCUGUGUGGGGCAGGGUGUAUUCCAGGCAUGCAGAAGGCCGCUCUCCACCCUUCACGGACUCAUUCCAGCCAGGCAAAAUCACUUGAGGGAGCUGUGAGCCAGAGGCAGAGGAGUUGGAGCUUAGACAGAGAGACCUGAGGGCUGGAGGUUCCCCACUCUUGAUCUCGAGUAGAAUGAUAAGCCAGUGUAAGGGCACAACUGACCAACAAGAAGUACUCAGUCUUCUCCCACUGAAAUAGACGGCCACUUGAAGUGUAUUAUGUUGUAAAUAUGUUAUUAAUCAUUUUCCACAGAUAUGAGGAAAGCUCUGUCCAGAGAUACAGAGAAGAAAUCAAUUAUACCAUUACCCCAUCCUGUCAGACCAGAAGACAUAGAAUAAGCUUAAGCUGUGGAUAUUUAGACAUGUUGAAAAUAACAUCUUUGAAAGCAUUUUGGACCAUCUAUGGAAAAUGGUGUUUAAUUAUGAAUGUACUUGGAAACCGGAGAGCAACAAGGAAAGUGUGUGCAGACAUGAAGGAAAAGCUUCAUUUUUAGGCUACUGGGCUGAUGCCCCCAAACCCCACACAGGUUUGCAGCUGCACUAUUGGCCGCUUAGGGUUUAAUCUUUUUUACAAAAAUCAUUAAAUCCUUGGCUGUACAGAACUAUUUCUAAAAAUCUAGUAGAUUAAAAAUUUUAGGAGCCUGGAGCUCAUUGGUGUCACUCAUUCAUGCUUUGAGCAUUGGAGCCUUAAAGUAUCUAUUGGAAAAAAAUAAAAUCAACGGAUUUAAAAUGAA